AUGCCUUCCGCUGUGCCUGUUGCCCAAGCUGACUCGGGAUCACGAUUUGCCCAACUCUCAUCCUUGGCCAAACUUGCCAUGAACAACCAUCUCGGCUCCUCGCCACCAAACUCGCUAUCGCCCACCAUUCUUUCACCAGAGAAUCAGCUUUCUGUCCAGAACCUUGCAAACGAUGUAGCCUUGACGCAACCUCGUCCUCCCACUUCGGCUCCUGCCUCUGCCAUGGCCGCCCUCCUGCGUGGCACCAACGACUUGACUGAGACGCCACCCUUCCCGCGCAGCGUUGGUUCGACUGCGCCCAGUUCUCCGCGAAUUCCUCCCCAUCGUCAAAAUUCUGGAUGUCAAACGCCUCGAGUCCGCCCCCAUGCAACUACCCUCAACAUCCCGGGUAUGACGAGAUCCCGCGUCUCGCCAGACGGCCGAAUCCCCCAUCGAGAUGUAGCCGCGAAGCUUGUCAUUAUCAUGGUCGGCUUACCCGCCCGUGGAAAGUCCUACAUCACCAAGAAGCUGCAACGCUACUUAUCCUGGCAACAACACGAGUCCAGAAUCUUCAACGUUGGCAACAGACGCCGAAAUGCCGCCGGAAUCCGCGUCUCGGUGCAAGCCAGACUUAGCCCAGAGCAUCCUCGCCUCGACGGGCCCGUCCAUGCCGCCUCGAUUCUUCUCAAUGGCCGACCUGCGCCCAUGCCCAUGGCUGGCGCCGAUGACACCCCCACCGAUCUGGACCUCAAUAACACCGAUGACCAAAUGGACCAGUCUGCCAAGUUCUUUGACCCCAAGAACGAAAGGGCCUCUGCUCUGCGCGAGCAGGUCGCCAUGGAGACCCUAGAUGAGCUGCUCGACUACCUUCUCAUUCAAGGUGGCUCCGUCGGCAUUUUUGACGCCACCAACAGCACUAUUGCUCGCAGACAACACAUUGUCAACCGCAUCAGAGACCGCGAGCCUAAGCUCGGAAUUCUCUUCAUCGAAAGUAUUUGCAGAGAUCCCCUACUUCUCGAAGCCAACAUGCGACUCAAACUUUCUGGUCCCGACUACCGUGACAAGGACCCUAAAAAAUCGCUCGAAGACUUCAAGAACCGUGUCGCUGCUUACGAGAGCGCCUACGUCCCACUCGGACAGUAUGAAGAAGAGAACGAUAUGCAGUAUAUUCAAAUGGUUGAUGUCGGUCGGAAACUCGUCCAACACAGACUCAAGGGUUUCCUCAGCGGCGGAAUCAGCACCUACCUAUCCAGCUUCAACUUGGCACCCCGCCAGAUUUGGAUGACGCGGCAUGGCCAGAGCAUUGACAAUGAGCUCGGCAAUCUCGGUGGUGACUCGCCGCUUACCGAGCGCGGCCACUGCUAUGGCGAGUCUCUCUACCGCUUCAUCACGCAGAAGCGCAAGGAGUGGAUCAUGGAGCAAAAAAGCAAGAUGGCGCAAGCCAGCUUCCCGCCCCUUCCAGGUGACAACACCCCACCAUACCCAGAUAUGAACAGGGAGAUGGACGAGAAGAACUUUUGUGUUUGGACCUCGAUGCUUCAGCGCAGUGCCGAGACUGCCGAGUACUUUGAGGCAGACGACGAUUACGAUGUCAAGAACUGGGAGAUGCUCAACGAACUCAAUACUGGUCAAUUUGAAGGCAUGACGUAUGAAGAAAUUGCCACAAAGCACCCUGACGAGUUUCACAAGCGCUCCGAGGACAAGCUCAACUACAUUUAUCCUGGUGUCGGUGGCGAAGGGUACCUCCAGGUUAUUAGCCGUCUCCGUGACAUGGUCCGUGAGAUUGAGCGCAUCACCGACCAUGUACUCAUCAUCGGACACCGCUCCGUCUGCCGUGUUCUCAUGGCCUACUUUAUGGACCUCACCCGCGACGAUAUCACCGACAUGGAUGUUCCCCUCGGCAUGCUCUACUCUAUUGAGCCCAAACCCUAUGGCAUUGCUUUCCAUGCCUACAAGUACAACGAGGUGCAGGGCUGGUUCGACGAGCUCCCUCAUUACAGGCCCCAAAAGGCGGCCCGCGGUACUGUCUAG